AUGAAGCCGCCUGGCGUGCCCAAGACCCUCCACCAGUUGCGCGAGGAGAAGCGCGAGCAAGAAGAGCAUGCCGAGGCUAUGCGUCGGGAGGCCCUCCAGCAAGAACUCGCAGCUGCAGAGGGAACAGAAGGGCCCGAGGGCGAGAUGGAUGACGUGCAGCUUGACGGCGCGGCAGAUCUUGACGAUGAGGUUCCAGAAGCUGGCGAGGACUUCAUGAUGGACGAUGACGAUGAGGAUGUGUCAGAGGAGGAAGCGUCCGACCAAAGCAGUGAACAAGGCGAGGAGGAAUAUCCCGCACUGGAUGAGGAAGCGCUCCGCGAAGAGCGUCAAAACGACCUGAUUGCGGCCCGCAUGCGUAUGACCGACGAUGCCUACCGCGAAGCGCUGAUACGCGGGGACCCCGAUGGUGACGAUAUGUACGGUGGUCAGGAGGAGGUGCAGGAAAACCUAGAAGGGCACAUGCUCGACGAAGAGGAUCUCGUCGGUGUGGAGGCAGACGAUGAUGCAGACUUGGGCAUGGAUGCAGAUCUGGACGAUGACAUUCCCGAGGCAGAGCACAGCUUCGGCGGCUAUGAACAUACAGACUCAGAGGCUGAGCUCAGCAGUAGUGAGAAUGAGCCGCUUUCGGACGAUGCGGCCGAAGAGGAGCAGCAAGAAGGGGAGGAGGACGUGGAUGACGAAGAAGAUGACAGUGAUGACUUCGCACCGAGGACAGUCCGGAUGGCCGAACCACAGUCGCCGACGAUGAGGGGCGUGGGCACUUUGGGAGCGUCCCGGCUCAGUAUGGACAUCAGCGGAAUUCUAUCACAGGAUGAGAGCAGCUUCAUGGAUAGCAGCCCCGCAGAAGCUCGACGUGCGCGGUAUGGCUGA